UCUCCUGCAGAAAAGUCAGGAGUCCUUUCACUCGGAGCUCAGCGGUCAUCCGAGCCUGCGGCCGUCCGUGCGUCCUCCGUCAGCUGCAGUGUCUCCGUGCAACGGAGAGGGAACAUGCCCGGGAUGGGCAACUCUUUACGCGCGGCUGCCCUCUUGGCUUUCGUGGUUCUCUCUAUCCUAGUGUCACUCUUGAUCAGCAGCGUGCAGCAGUUUGGAGCGAGGUUUUCUCACUUUCCCAAUGCAACUGUUGCUGGUGAUGAGGAGGAGCUGGCGUCGCUCCGCGGGGCGUUGAUUUACCAACUCAACGAGAGGCGCAGAGAAAUUAUUCCGCUGCUCCAACCUGAUGAUGAUGAUGAGGAGGAAAACAGACUACCCGGGGAAAGUCGACAUGACCAAACACUAGACACGAGUGUGGAUUACAGUCUGUGGAAUGAGAUCACGCACGGCUCCAGGAGAGCGCAUUUGGAUGAAAUGGGUUGUGAGUCUCUGGUGGACAUGCGGGCGCUGGAGGUCCUCGGGUCUGGAUACACCAAACUGGUUGUCAAAGUGAAUCUAGCCGGGGGUCAGCAUGUGGCCUUAAAACUCGUCAACGAGCAGGGGAUCGACAUGGGGAAGUGUGUGGAGGAUUUUAAAGACCCGCGAGGCUGCCGCGAGCUCGUUUCUUAUAAGUUGAAGAAAGAAAUAGUGCUGUUGCAGAGGCUGCAGCAUCCAAACGUCAUCAAGCUCAAAGGUCACUGUGCAGGAGAUGGAGGAGGAGGAGGAGGAGGACAGGACGGACAUGUCACAGUCAUUCUGGAGCAGGGGAAUCCUCUCCAGAUGAUCCAGCUGCUCCAGAGUCCCUGGGAGGACAGAUUCAGGAUUUGUCUGGACCUGGUCCGGCUGCUCCACUUCCUCUCCCAGUCUCCUCUGGGUUCUGUGGCUCUGCUGGACUUCCAGCCCCGGCAGUUUGUCACUGUGUCUGGCGAGCUGAAGCUCACAGACCUGGACGACGCCAGCGCCGAGGAGACGACGUGUCAGACGGACGCUGACUGCACCCUCCAGUUUCCAAACAGAAAUUUCACCCUGCCAUGCUCGGCGCAGGGAGUGUGUGAGGGCUUGAACGAGAAGAGGAACAUUUACAAUGCCUACAGGUAUUUUUUCACCUACCUGCUGCCUCACCAGGCCCCGCCCGGCUUCACACACCUGGUAGACCACAUCAUGAACUCCACAGGGGAGCUGAAAGCUGACAUCAAUCAAACUCUGGAGGCCUUUGAACACAUCCUCCUCCUCUACAAGUCUGGCCUGCACCUGGACAACCUGCCUCCAUCAAUAAUCAGAGAUUACACCGUGAUGCGAGGUAUGGGGACCUCUGGGAACGCGGAGUACCGCUGCUGGCCGUCCUACAGUCAGCAGGGCUGCGUGCUGUCGGUCCACAGUGCCAAAGAGGCAGCGUACAUCUGUAAUUCCCAUUCCCAGUGCAACAGCUUCACUCUGAGCGGGCAGAAGACAUGGACGGGUCGCCUCCUGGCCUCUUUCAGGAGCAGCUUCAGUCAUCUGGUGCCUGAUGGGACAUCAGAGGUGUAUGUGAAGAAAACCAAAGCUCCCGAGACUCCCACGGUGUGACACAAACAGAACAGUCUCGUUCUAAUGGAGUGGGAUAAGAGAUAACGCACAACACGCAAAAUGCAGCGCUUAGAAUGAGAACUCCUCGAGAACAUGUCGAACGCCGCUCAGCUUUGUGGAUUUGCAGGAGGAGCGUAGAGGCCGGGUCGAGGAGGCGUUUGAAGUGAGGCAAGUGAAUGUGAUGUAUUUAUAGGGCUUCUGCUCAGUGACUGUUUGAUCUGCCUGCCAGCUCACUGCCUCUGCCAACUACUAUUUAAAGGGAUUUCCCUUCAGGUACAAUUAAGGAGGGAGAGCCUUGUGCCCUCGACAUGUUUUUUUUUUUUUUUUUCUCCUCGCUCUCUCUACCUUGUCUUUAUUCGCCAUGUGUGCUGGCUUUCGUUGUGAGGCCGGGUCCCCGUAGUAGGAUUUUUAAGCCAAAGAGGUAAUAAGAACAGCCGCUGCAGCUCAGCGUUUGAAGCCUGAGGACGAGAAAAGAAAACAAGCUCUUAUACAAAUACACUUUGAUGUUAAUGCGCUGAGGUUGCGGCUGUUUUUUCAUGGUUCCCUGGCUUAGCUGCGCUGUGGUAUGAGAUGGCAACAACCAUGUAAGCAUUUCCACAUCAACAAUGAGCAAAGAUGAUUGAAACCAUUCCAGAGCAGUCUGUUUUUACAUACUUUUGUAAACAUAGUUCUUAUUGCGUAGUUCAUAAAUAUUUAUAUGAUCGAAUGAAAUGUAAUUGUUCUUACAUGAUUGUGCAUUAUAGCUUAAGUGCACCUUGUGGGUGAAACUUUUAUUUUCAAUGAAAAAUUAUUCACGUCAGUGUUUUUUUUAUACUUCACUUAUUGUAAAUGUACAGUUUUACAAUUUUGUAAUUAUAUAAAUGUAUUGUUUCUACUUGCU